AUGUCUUCUGUUAAUUAUGGCAAUGAUGGUGUACCUUCGGCGGGCGAUAUCACUAAUGCUCCAGGCUCAAUUAUUCAACAUCCGUAUCUCAACCAAAAUACCAACGCAGCCUACGCUGCAGCGGCUGUGGCGGUUGCCGCUGCUUCAUCGGCCUCAAGCACAUCUGGUGUGGGUCAAUAUCAACAUUAUUACGGUCAUACAUUGCCCCCACAACAGCUUCUUCAUGUGCAACAAACGGCAGGGUUCUACCCAACGACAACAGGUUUAAAUCAUCAUCCACACCACGCCGACUUCAACACAUCGUCACCGUCAGUUGCAUCAUCAUCCAGUUCAAUUGAAUCCUCGCGUAAAACGGCACAUCGAAAACGAAGUGCUACUGGCUCGGAAAAAUUACCUGGAGGCACAGCAGCAAACAAAGCUGUUGGAAAGCGUAAAAUGACCAACGAUGAUGAUCUUGAUGAAGAUGACGAUGAUGACGACGAAGAAAACAAAUGCUAUUUACGUGGUGCUUCGAUGCCAAAUGUGAUGAUGUCGAACAAUCAUCCACAUGGUGGAGGAGGAGCAGGCGGCGACGAAGAUAAAGAAAAACAAGCACGUGAAAAUCAUUGUGAAAUCGAACGGCGUCGCCGUAUAAAGAUGGCCACAUAUUUCGCCGAAUUGUGUGACAUGGUUCCUGCAUGUUCCAAUCUAGCACGUAAACCCGAUAAAUUAACGAUCUUACGCAUGGCCGCACAGUUUAUGAAAACGUUGCGUACAAAUAACAAUUCGUUGUCAUUGAAUCCAUCUCAAGUACCGCAACAGCAGCAGCUUGAUCUGCAUAAACCAUCAUUUUUAAAUGAUCAGGAAUUGAAAUACCUCAUGGUCGAGUCGUGUGAUGCAUUUCUAUUCGCAUUAAAUUGUGACAAUCUACGAAUUAUCUAUAUAAGUGAUGCAAUACAACAUAUACUUUCGUACACAUGUCAAGAUUGGUAUUCACGCUAUUUCUAUGAUUUCGUACAUCCUGACGAUGUGGAAAAGGUUCGCGAGCAAUUGAAUUUACAGCCGCAAGAUGGAAGCCCAAAUGGAAGCGGCAGUGGAAGAGUUUUAGAUCUGAAAACUGGCACAGUUAAAAAGGAAGGGCAUGCUACAGGUGCUCGAUUAGUUAGUUCAAAACGCUCGUUUAUCUGUCGUUUACGCGUCGGAUCGACCAAUCCACUUGAUCAUUCACAUCAAAAUCCAUUUGUUAACCCAUGUGUUCUACGUCGUCGUCAUCGUACAUCGUUGGGCCCAUCGAUUGACAAUCAUUUGUAUGAAGUCGUACAUAUCAGCGGUUAUAUUCGUAAUUUAAAUACACAUCAUCAUCCGUCAUCGCACCAUGAUAAUCCAUCGUCAUCAUCGAAUUCCAAUGGUCAGAUGGCAUUCAUUGCCAUUGCACGUAUACAAAAUUCCUGUGCACCCAAUGUUAAUGAUCUAACCAAUAGUUCAAUUUCAUCAAUCAAUUCCAUUACAACUGAAUUCACCUGUCGUUGCCACAGCGAGACAGGUGAAAUUCUAUUCAUUGACCAACGUUGUGCACCAAUAAUUGGCUACAAAACACAUGAAUUAUUACAUAAGAUUAUCUACGAUCAAAUCCAUCCCGACGAUCAAAUUAAAUUUCAAGAGCUUUAUAAACGAACAGUGACACAAAAAAAUCUGUCAAACACCUCAUCAAACUUGACAAACAUUAUCGUACGUUUUCGUACAAAUAACGACAACGAUUAUGUGUCAUUGAAAACAUCAACGUAUGCAUUUUGCAAUCCAUGUACAGAAGAAAUCGAGUUCAUUAUCGUGACAUUUUUGUCAAGCCAGCCAACGAACAAGACAUCCGUGAUCGCCAAUGCGAAUGAUUAUAACCGGCAAGCAUAUGAAACAUAUGCAAGAAAUACCGGUGCAAUUGUGUCGAAUCCGAUUGCACACUAUCCAACACAAUCACCGGCAUCUUACAACAAUCAAGAGGGACAAGAAUAUUCGACAGGUAAUGGAAAUAAUGAUGGAAGAACUUAUGCAAGCAAUAAUGGCGGUUCAACAUGGGCUUCAGCGAAUGAUAAUUGGACCACUGGCAAUCCGCCGGCCGCACCGCCAACAACCACAAAUGCUGAUUAUGGCGAUGCAGCAGCAACAAUAGCACUCUAUCAUCAAUAUCAUCAAUAG